AUGAGUGGCGUAACAGACUGGAAAGAUAUCGUUUCCCAGAAACGGGUCAUCAGAGACCAACUCCUCACUCCAUACUUGGUAGACGAUGUAGAGCAACGUCUACCACAAGUCCACAAUGUCGAGGAGCGCAGUCAGAUAAAGACAGAUCCUAUAGCCCAGAAGAUCACAGACAUUGAUAAUGUCGCUGCCUUGUUGGAAGGUAUCGAGCAAGGAGAGUUUGGUGCGGAAGAAGUGACUCGGGCCUAUAUUAAACGAUCUGUGGUAGCGCAUCAGCUUACAAACAGCCUAACCGAGGUCUUCUUUGAGACCGCCCUAGAGCAAGCCCGCAAACUAGAUGCCGAGUUCAAAGAAUCCGGGGAACUCAAAGGCCCCUUGCACGGCAUUCCAAUCACACUGAAAGAUCAAUUCAAUGUCAAAGGCGUCGACACAACCCUAGGCUAUGUAGGCAGAUCAUUCGCCCCAGCUUCCGAAGACGCAGCCCUCGUGCAAAUGUUGAAGAAGAUGGGCGCCAUCAUUAUUGCCAAGACCAAUCUUCCCCAAAGUAUCAUGUGGGCCGAAACGGAGAACCCUCUUUGGGGACUCACGACGAAUCCUCGCAAUCCGGGAUUCUCGCCUGGAGGAUCCACCGGUGGCGAGGGGGCGCUGUUGGCAUUGCAUGGGUCCCUAAUUGGGUUUGGAACUGAUAUCGGGGGAAGUGUGAGAAUUCCACAGAGUACCAUGGGCUUGUAUGGCUUCAAACCGAGCAGCGCUCGUCUGCCCUAUCACGGCGUACCCGUCUCCACAGAAGGCCAGGAACAUGUUCCGUCUUCGAUCGGACCGAUGGCUAGAGAUCUCUCAUCGAUCUGUUACAUGAGCCGGCUAGUAGCGAAUCACCAACCCUGGGACUACGACCCGAGAUGUGUUCCUCUCUCUUGGAAUGAGGGUGCAUUUCAGGAAGUUCAGGAUAGACCCUUGGUCAUCGGCUUGAUACUAGACGACGGUGUAGUCAAGGUCCACCCGCCCAUCGCACGCGCACUGCAGGAGUUAUCAGCUGUUUUGAAAGCGAAUGGCCACGAAGUCAUGAUUUGGGAUACGUCAGAUCAUGCAUCCUGCAUUGAAAUCAUGGAUCUAUUCUACACUGUCGACGGGUGCGAAGAUAUCCGACGGGAUGUCGAAGCUGCAGGAGAACCGAUGAUUCCUCAUGUCGAGGCUCUGAUUAAUCGCGGCAAGGCUGUUUCGGUGUAUGAGUAUUGGCAACUCAACAAACGGAAAGCGGCGGUGCAGAAACGAUACCUAGAUCAUUGGAAUGCUGUGCGGUCUCCGUCUGGCAGGCCUGUUGAUGUUCUGCUGAGUCCUACUCUGCCACAUACGACUGUGCCUCAUCGGAAGUUAAGGUGGGUUGGAUAUACUAAGAUUUGGAAUUUGCUAGACUAUCCAGCUGUGACAUUCCCGGUGGACAGAGUCAGAGCUGAGGUCGAUGUGCUGCCGGAGUAUGUUCCCAGGAAUAGUCUCGAUGAAUGGAAUUGGAACCUUUACGAUGCGGGGCAGGUGGAUGGAUAUCCGGUGAAUCUUCAAAUUAUUGGGAAGAAGCUUCAUGAGGAAAAGGUGCUGGGGGCUGCUACUGUUGUUGAGAGACUCUGGAAGAGUCAUGUCGUUUCGAAUUAA